AUGUUAGGCUGGGUCCAGAGGGUGCUGCCUCAGCCCCCGGGCACACCUCAGAAGACCAAGAUGGCGGUGGAGGAGGAGGCAGAACCAGAGCCAGAGCUGGAGCAGGUAACGGAGGUAGAACCAGAGCCAGAGCCUGAACCAGCCCCAGAGGAGGCCAAGACACAGGCUGAGUCCAUGCCACCUGAAGAGCCACUGAGGAAGAAGGAAGUGGCUGCAGCCGACCCAAGCCCUGAGGAGACGCAGGAGGCUGUCCCCACUCUGCCCUCAUCCCUCCAGACCCAGACCACUGUGGUUCCUGAAGUGAACAGCUCCAGCAGAAGGAUGCUGACCUGGCUCCUGAAGGGCAUGGACAAGGUCGUUCCACAGCCAGUCCACAGCGGCAGGGAGGACCCAGCUCAGGUCCUUGGGCAUUGUGGCACUGGGGACGCAGGGUGUGCAGAUGGACCCAAUGAGGCCCAGGCCAAUGGGCCAUGGCUGCUCAGGUGGCUGGAGCAGAAUCUGGAGAAAGUGCUGCCACAGCCCCCGAAAAACUCUGAGGGCUGUAAAGAUGAGCCUGUGGAUGCUGACCUGGACCCAGCGCCUUCAGCGCUCCCCAGGGAAAUGGAGCCCGUGCCACAGGCCCUGGAGAGCCCCUCGCUGCCCAAUCCCGGCCCCACGGAGCCCACAGAGGAGCUGCUGGCUCCAGAGCCCCAGUCCGACUCCCAGGCCUCUUCCCUGAUGCCACCCAGGGAUCCUUCCAGGUUGGUCGCGUGGGUCCUGCACAGGCUGGAGAGUGCCCUGCCGCAGCCAGUACUCCAUGGGAAGACCAGGGAACAGGAGCCCGACGCCCCUGAGACAUGUGAGGUGCAGACCAUCAGCAUCCUCCCCAGAGAGCAAGUGGAGCCUGACCUGGUCCUAGAGGAGGUUGACCCUCAGGUGGAGGAUGACCCGAAGGAUGGCCCACAGAGUACAGACACGGUUCCAGCUGAUGAGGAAGAGAAUGAAGCCGUGGAGGAGGCACCCAGGGAGCUGCCCCCAAUUGAAGAGGAGAAAGAAGAUGAGGAGGAGGAUGGAGAGGAGGAGGAGGAAGAGGACAAGGACGAGGAGACAGAAGUCCUGCUGGAUAGCUGUUUGGUGGGUGCUGACCAGAGCAAAGCAGACAGGACCCAGCCCCAGAGCUCUUCAGACCAGGAGCUGCAAGAGGAGACCCAGGAGGAGAUCGAAAAGGAGGCGGAGGAGAAGGACGAGGAGGAGGCCAAAGAGGAGGCCGAGGAGGAAGCUAAGACCAAAGAGGAGGCCGAGGAGGAGGCUAAGACCAAAGAGGAGGCCGAGGAGGAGGCCGAGGCGCCCAGCUCAGGAGUGCCUGCCACAAAAGAGCACCCAGAAUUGCUGGUGGAAGACAUUGAUGCUGACAGCUAUCCCGUCAUCAUGGAGGAGAACCUAUCUUCAUCUGUGCUGCUGCCGCCGCCAUCUCCUGACACCCUCACGGUCCCGGGCUUGGCCUCGGAAACACACAGAAAGAAGCUGCAGUCUCCGGAUGAUGAGGAUGAAGAGCUCAAGGCGCUGUCACGAGCCGAGUCCCCAAUGAUCGCGUGGCCAGACCCCACCAACCCAAAGGAUACUGAUGACCAGGACCGUGCGACCUCCGCAGCUAGCAUGAACAGCACCCUCAUCAAUGACCGGCUCCAGGAGCUGGUGAAGCUCUUCAAGGAGCGGACAGAGAAGGUGAAAGAGAAACUCAUCGACCCUGAUGUCACCUCCGACGAGGAUAGCCCCAUGCCCUCCCCUGCCAAGAAAGCCCCAGAACCAGCUCCGGAACCAAAGCCUGCCGAAGCAGGGCCGACGGAUGAGGAGCACUAUUGUGACAUGCUCUGCUGCAAGUUCAAGCGCCGCCCCUGGAAGAUGUACCAGUUUCCACAGAGCAUUGAUCCACUGACCAACCUGAUGUAUGUCCUGUGGCUGUUCUUUGUGGUCAUGGCCUGGAACUGGAACUGCUGGCUGAUCCCCGUGCGCUGGGCCUUCCCCUACCAGACGCCAAGCAAUAUCCAUCUCUGGCUGCUGACAGAUUACCUGUGUGAUCUCAUCUACUUCCUGGACAUCACUGUGUUCCAGAUGCGCCUGCAGUUCGUCAGAGGCGGGGACAUCAUUACGGACAAAAAGGACAUGCGAAUUAACUACAUGAAAUCUCCGCGCUUUAAGAUGGACCUGCUUAGCCUCCUACCCCUGGAUUUUCUCUACUUGAAAGUUGGCGUGAACCCCCUCCUUCGCCUGCCCCGCUGUUUGAAGUACAUGGCCUUCUUCGAGUUCAACAACCGCCUGGAAUCCGUCCUCAGCAAGGCCUACAUUUACAGGGUCAUCAGGACCACGGCCUAUCUUCUCUACAGCUUGCAUUUGAAUUCCUGUCUCUAUUACUGGGCGUCGGACUACGAGGGCAUUGGCGCCACUCACUGGGUUUACGAUGGCGUGGGAAACAGUUACAUUCGUUGUUACUACUUUGCGGUGAAGACCCUCAUCACGAUUGGCGGGCUGCCUGACCCCAGGACGCUCUUUGAAAUCAUCUUCCAGCUGCUGAACUACUUCACGGGCGUCUUCGCUUUCUCUGUGAUGAUUGGACAGAUGCGAGACGUGGUGGGGGCCGCCACCGCGGGACAGACCUACUAUCGCAGCUGCAUGGACAGCACGGUGAAGUACAUGAACUUCUACAAGAUCCCCAAGUCCGUGCAGAACCGCGUCAAGACCUGGUACGACUACACUUGGCAGUCGCAAGGCAUGCUGGACGAGUCGGAGCUGAUGGUGCAGCUUCCGGACAAGAUGCGGCUGGACCUCGCCAUCGACGUGAACUACAGCAUCGUGAGCAAAGUGGCGCUCUUCCAGGGAGAGAUUGGUCGUGAGAUGUACAUCAUCAAGGCGGGCCAGGUGCAGGUUUUGGGCGGCCCUGAUGGGACGUCUGUGCUGGUGACGCUGAGAGCUGGAUCCGUGUUUGGAGAAAUAAGCUUGCUGGCUGUCGGGGGUGGGAAUCGGCGCACGGCCAACGUGGUGGCCCACGGGUUCGCCAACCUCUUCAUCCUGGAUAAGAAGGACCUGAACGAAAUUUUGGUGCAUUAUCCUGAGUCUCAGAAGUUACUCCGGAAGAAGGCCAGGCACAUGCUGAAAAGUAACAACAAGCCCAAGGAGGAGAAGAGUGUGCUCCUCCUACCCCCCCGGCCGGGCACCCCGAAGCUCUUCAGCGCCACCCUCGCUGUGACGGAGCAGAUGGGCGGCAAGGGGGCCAAGGCCGGCAAGCUUGCCCACCUCCGGGCUCGGCUUAAGGAGCUGGCGGCAAUGGAGGCUGCCGUGAGGCAGCAGGAGCGGCUGGAGCAGGCCAAGAGCUCGCAAGACGCCGCAGGAGAGGCAGGCUCGGCCGCCCCGGCCCAGUCCGGCGCCCCGGAGGAAGCCGCCCCGGCCCAGCCGGCGCUCCCGGAGCCCCCCGCGCCCCCGGCCCCGCGGUCUCCGCCGCCUGCCUCCCCCGGGAGGCCCGAGGAGGGAACGGCCAGGCCCGAGGAGCACGCGGUGCGGAUCCGCAUGAGCCCGGGCCCAGAGCCCGGCGAGCAGACCCUGUCGGUGGAGGUGCCGGAGGGGAAGAAGGAGGCGACGGAGUGA